GCUUCAUCCGGCUGUUUACGGCUAUCGAACAGAUUCGUUUCGCAAGUCCCGUCCAUGGGAUAUUACCAUAAUUAGGACCCAAUAUAUUCCUCUUGUAGAACAGCGGCACGAGUGUUAAGCGGAGCAACGUACGGAACUUUUAUAUCCGAUUUGGGCCUAAUGAUUUGCAAUAUGUAUCUAGUGUCUGUAAUGUGAAGUUGAGGGGCAACUUUCCGGUUAAGAACGAAGCAUUCCUCUGAAACAUACUUUUUCACAGAGUUAUUUCAUACCAGUCCUUCUUCAUUGCUGGGUGCUUUUAAGUGCAUUCGUAUCAAGCUUAAUGAAUCUACCUCUUCGAAAAAUGUGCCGCGGAAAAUUUCGGGGCAGCGUGACGCGGGCAAACACACAAACCAGAGAAAUGAAUAACUAAGUUCUUAGUGUCGCGUCAUGCAGUUUGCGAUAUUACGUAGCGCCGUUCGGGCAAUAGGAGGAUCAAUACAGCAUAAAAUGGAAGGCAGCAGCAGCAGCGACAAUUCUAGCUGGCAUUUUGGUUAAAGUUUUAUUCAUUGCAGACAGGUUAUCGCUGAAGUGCGCCAACGAAAAGUAAAAACUGAUGAUGUCUCCAUUUACGCGAUUGGUCGCGAUACAUCGUGCGCUGGCUGUUACUCCCUGGAACGUUGGGAAUGGUAUUCGCUUCUUCAGAUGGACAGCAACCGGCAAGGAAGUCACUGAUGAGGAAGUGGUAAAGCUAAUCACGAGUCGGGAGUUCAUGGGUAAGAUGAGCAGAAUUCUACCCGGCUCCGAAAAGAUUCGUGUGACGUCGGCGGGCCUCGAGGCGGAUUUUGAAAAUAAAUACCCUAACACCAUGUAUGAAGCUUUGAAAUAUGCGUCCGAACGGAACACGGCCAAUCGAAAUAUUUGCGGCUGGGUCAAUCAGAGGACAAACGCAAUCGAGUUUUUGACCUAUGACCAAUUCUUUGAUGAGGCAAAACAGAUUAGCAUGGCUUUGCGCGAGCUAGGAAUACAACCGAAGGAUUUUGUUGCGGUUAACUUUGUCAAUUCGAAAGACUAUCUCGAGAUGAUGUAUGGCGUAACCUCGAUGAGCAUGAUACUUCAGCCCAUAUAUCCGAACCUGGAUGCCAGUGCUAUCCGAAAAAUUCUGAAACAAUCUCAGUCGAAAAUAUAUGUCGUCGAUACCGAAGCCAAGGCACGCGUAGUUGUCGAACGUGCCCAUCAGAUGCCCGUAAAGAUACUAGUCGUUGCGGGUUACGAGCCCAGCAAAGACCUACGAAAUGAUGCGCGAUCUGUAAGCGUUCAGCUUCUUAGUCUGAGUGACUUUAUGAAACUCGGGGAAAAUAAAAGAUAUUUGUUUGCGUUACCCAAAUCUGCAGAUACCUUUUCCUUGUUCUAUACGUCAGGCACUACCGGUGAUCCUAAAGGCGCGAUUGUCACCCAUGGCCGAUUGCUUCAAAUGUACCACACGGUCAGUAGAUUGCUAAAGGUUAGCCCACGUUACCCCGGUGACUACACAUUUUGCUUCUUACCCACAGGCCACAUAUACGAGACGUUGUUUGGAUUAUUGUGCUUGGCAGACGGAGGAACCGCCAUGUUCUGGAGUGGCAGUAUUAAACAUUUGAUAAGUGAUCUUAGACGUAUCAAGCCGCACCACAUUCCCAUGGUGCCACGUAUCAUGAAUCGAAUCUACGACGAAGUCUAUAGUGAGCUCACGAAGAAUUUUUUCAAACGUAUAGUGUUUAUGUAUUGUUACCAAAGAAAGAAGCGACUCAUAUCGAGUAAUAAAUAUAGUCCGAUUUGCCACGAUACGAUCUACGACAGACUUGCAUUUCGGAGGGUCCGUGAAAUUCUAGGUGGAAGAAUAUCAACGAUCGUAAGCGCUUCAGCCCCUCUUAAUCCAAAAGUGUUGGAGUUUUUCAAGGUGACAGUGGGGUGUGCUGUCAUAGAAGUGUUCGGUAGUACAGAAGCGAUGGUCGUAACCGCGACGAGUCCAUACGAUUCAACCGGAGGACACACUGGAGGGCCAGUGCCUUCGGUUAAGAUCAAACUUGUCGAUGUGCCCGAACUAGACUAUUAUGCCAAGGAUGACGUUGGUGAAAUAUAUGUGAAGUCACCAUUUGGAUUUGAAGGCUACUAUAAUGACGAGGCUGCAACCAAAGAAACGAUACGUAACGGAUGGAUCGCGACGGGUGACGUGGGUAAAUGGAACGCUGAGGGGAAGUUACAAAUAUUCGACCGCCGAAACGAUAUAUUUAAACUGGCGCAAGGGGAAUAUAUCAUUCCAGAGAAAAUUGAGAGCAUUUACGGUCGUGUCCAAAUUUUCGAGGACGUCUUCAUCGACGGACGCUCUGACCAGAACUUCUGCGUUGCUGUUGCUGUUCCAAACCAGGCCCUGUUCAUGAAGUGGGCCAAAGCAAAGAAUUUUACACACGAGUUUGAACCUGUAUUUAUGGAACUAUGCCAUGAUAUUCAAGUACGAAAGGCCUGUCUUGAGGAGCUACGUCGGGCCGGAAUGGCGCAAGGCCUCAAUGAGCUACAACAGAUUCAAAAUAUCUAUCUUGAAGCAAUUCCCUUUUCUGUUGCCAGCGGUAUACUUACAUCAACAUACAAAGUGAAGCGAAACUUUGCACGAAAGAAGUAUGCGCAAACAAUAGACGAAUUGUACCGGGAAGGCUCGCUGAUCAAUGGUAAACCUUGACGGUUUACCUCGGUACGAUUGUUUCAGUUAAGCUGAUACGUGCAAGAUGGCGUACCAACAUGGCGUGUAUGCGACCCAGGUGAUAUAGGAAUGGUCGCAAUAUCUGACAGCACUAGUAAAUCUUGCUUCUGAAUCAUUCCCUUUGCAAAAACAGAGCUACCGAGAACGAGUGAAAUAUUAGCUAGCAUCGAGUUCACCUAUACUAAUAUAUAAAGCAACCCAUAUCUGGGUUAUUAUUCAUCAGUGAGAAGUUUUUAGGGGCUGAUCUUUAUUCAUCCAGUUUACCACUAAUGACUAAGUGAAUGAAAAUACCACUGAACCGGCACUCAACAAUUGAGUGCCGGUUACAUCUCUGAUUUAGUCUCAGAAGUGAACGACGGAGUAGAUCAGCUCGUUAGAUAUAAACGCGAUUUUGCCGCGCAGUUUGGCUUGACUCUAAGUGCAAUAAACAUUCGCGGCCAGAAUAACAUACAACCGGUUCGCUUUCGAAGGAGACAGCGCCAUCACCGACCCCUCGACGGACGGAAAGGGACGCUUCACAGACACUGUAUUGUUUAUUCUAAGGAACUUGUCAACAAGAAUAUAGAAAAAAUAUCGCUUUAUCGACCCCUACUAUUUGAGUUACUAGAAACGUUAAUGCAAAAAGAUAGCGUAGCAGAUGUAUAUGAUGCAU